CCGACCAGCUGCACAGCAGCUGUCUCGUCUCAUCCCCUCCUGACGUAUCAAGGAAUUCACUCUCUUUUUCUUGGCUGACUUCCGGUUAAAUCAACAAGACAGACUUCAGUGUCAACAAAAAGGAGGCCAAAGAAGGGAAGUCACCGGCACACACAGGUUGGGGCAGUGUGCUGUGGUUGCUGACUUCUAUGGAUUAUCGAAGUAAUUUGUUCACAAGGUGCCUCUAAGCACUGUACAGUAUCAACCAAAUGUGAGGCCUAGAAUACAAAGCAGCCACAUAGCCAGGCAGUUCCCACAAAUCUGGCACAAGGAGGAGCCCAGUAACUACACAGGGUGCCCAGCUCGCAUGAGGAAGGAGGCACUGCGGGGAGAGGGCCCAAGAAACACUGACAAAUAGAACAGGUGAAAUAAAUGAGCUUGGUGCGAUCUGCAGGCCGGGUAAUCUGACCAGGGGACAGAUGGGCACGUAUCUGAGACAAAGCGCCCCCCGGCAGCUGAAUCUAAGGCUGGGAGGGGGGAAGCCAAGAUUCAACGCAAGUAGCCCCGGUGAUCGGCAGGUAUUAGAGAAAUAUGUGAGAGAACAACAGGUCAAAGAGACACUCAGCAUAACGAAGGGAUAUUCAGAAGCGUUCAACGCUGGCCUAACGGCUGCCAUGGCUCCCAGUAGGAAUUACCACUGGGAGCAGAGUUCGUCCAAUAUUGAACGCUCCAUAGUACCACAUCCUGCCCCGCAGCGUGUAACUCGGGGGGAGGAGGCAGGGCCAUAUGCUGCCUUUGAAAACCAGCGUCCUUUCCUCUUUUGCUAAUAAUGUAACCUGGAACUUUGAAAAGCUUACUUGUGUCCGUUUAAGCUGCUGCUUCACUUUUUUUUUUUUUUUUUUUUUUUUGCCUUUCACAGAACUUGGAUGGGGAAGCCAGCCUGGUCUGUUUCACUUUUGUUUCAUCUCUGGGCACUGGCAUAAUGUUGUCUGUGCUCAUGGUUCUGGGGGGAGCAUGUUGAAUUGUUUUUUUAAAUCCACUUGUUUUCUUUGAAUUUAAAAGAAAAACCAACAUUUCUACUUGCAUUAGAUUUCAUAAGCACAGCUAACGUCUAGGCGUCCAAUUCAACAAGAUUUUACUCCUGCGUGGACCAAACUAACAACGAAGAUCCCUGUCUUGCAAUUGGGUCCAUCCAUGCAGAAAUUAUUUGGCUUAAGGUCAUGGCUAGGGGCCCCAGUCGGAGAGCAGGGCCUCGUUGUGGUAGGUGUUUGACUCGCGUGUAACAAAAGGAUAGUCUCUGCCCCUGAGCUGGUAUUCGAACCAUGCAAUGAGAGGUGGCAGGUGGAUGACAGACAAAUGAGAGAGCACCAGGGAAUGAUGAGAUGAUUGAGAAGAAUUCACUCCUACACAGAAUAUUGGAGAAAAAAACAUGGAAAAGAACCAAUAUCUGUAGAAACGUUAGGCCAACAACAGUGCAUCAGGCUGACUGUGCUCCCUGACACCCCCCCGCCCAAGUAUCCAACUAAGGAAAACAAAUGCAAUUAUAUAAAAUGGCCAAAGAAACUAGUAACCCCAAAGGUAGGAAAGUAAGGCCUGAACUACAAAUAGAAAAGGAGGAGACAAGGCAGGAGACUAGAAAAUGAGAGUAGGAAAAAGAAGUGGUAAUGAAGCUGAAAGAGAGGGGCAGUAGCCACACUAGAAUAAUAAAUGGUAGGAGGUCCUGGCAGCGUUCUGUAGGAAAAUCCCUUUACAAGCACUGACUCUUGGCCCCUCUGCCUCGGGUGGCAUUGACUAGUGGUUAGCACCCAGAUCUGGGAAUCAGGACUGCUGGGUUCUGCGCCCAGCUCUGCCAUUGACUUGCAUAAUAUGAGUUUUUUCGUGUGUAAAAUGGUAACUUUUGGCCACUUCUGAAAGGGGCUUUGAAGUCCCCCAGUGACAGGCACUGGGUAAGGGCUUGUUUACACUAGCAGGGCUACCGCGGCAUAACCCUACAGCAGCCGAGGGGUUUUUCUGUCACUGUAGGAACUCCACCUCCUUGGGUGCUGGUAGUUAGGUCAGAGGAAACAUUUCUCCAUCGACCGAGCUGUGUCUACACCAGGGGCUAGGUUGAGCAGACCCGGGUAAAGCGAGGUGGUGGUUAUAGGAAGGCGCGAGUGUCUCUCCCUUCUAAUUUGGGGGCAGGAUAAUCUCAUAAACUCAAAUCAGCCAGAUUCCCUCUGUCUCUGUCUGGCUCUGUGAGAUGUGGUUUAUUUUAAGGCGUGGGACGGGAUCCCGUCCACUCUCUGUGAUAAAUACCUUCAGAAUAAGGUCCCCGCCCUUUCCAUGGAGUUUGUAAUGAAAGCUCUGAUGCGACUGGGCCUGCUGUAAUGGGGCCAGCACACUGCUGCAGAGGCAGACUGGAAGCUGCAGGGCCUCUCUUUGCACAGCUGUCUCAUUAGCUGGCCUCCCUGCUGGGAUCUUCCCAUUUAACCCAGGACAAGCCACAGCCCAGGCCUCUCCUCUGCCCCCACAUGCUCAUUGCUCCACUUGCGGCUGCUGGUGCCUCCUGUCCCCGCCUUAAUUCCACCCCUUGCAGCCCUGCGCCCCUCCUGUCCCCGUCCCCCCCACCAUCACCCUGCAACACGCAUAAUUAACCCUUUCAUUCCUGGUCUCUUUGCUGCCACAUCCCAAACAAAGCCAGCAUGUGGAGGCAAAAAGCGUGACCAAUUGCUGGCCAUGAUAGAUAAUGAUACAGUGCUUAAAGCAGCCUCUGGCUUCCCGGUGCUUCUGGGCUUGGGGUAAUGUCUCAUUAAAGCUGGACGUAUAUUCCUUUAAGAAGCUGCCCAUUGCCAAACUCUCCCUUGACAUCUCUCUGUGUGUCACAGCAGAGCUUGGGGAGGGGGGAAUUGGCCAUGGCUGCCUGUCAAAGAACAUGGGGGUGUUUGUGCUUCUGGAGCCCUUUGCUGUGGUGUUAGCUGCAGGGAUCUCUGGUAUCACAGUCAGCGGGGGUGCUAGAGACCGCUGGGAGAUGCCCCUUCUCCCCAGGGAUGGAGAGCCACGUUUUCCAGGGCCAGCGCACAGCAAUCCUCGUGGUCCUCUUUGCUUUGAUCAUGCUGCUGAUCAUCUACAGCUCGAACAGUGGGAACGAAGUUUUUCACUACACUGUCCUGCGGGGGAAAUCCCCCCAUCCCCCCAACCUCAAGAAAUGGGGGUUGAAAAGUGGAUACCUCCCUGUCUACGGGAACAAGACCCUGAAUUCCCACUGCCACCAGUGUGUGAUCGUCACCAGCUCCAGCCACCUGCUCGGGAGCAAACUGGGCUCUGAGAUUGACCAAUCGGAGUGCACCAUCCGCAUGAACGACGCCCCCACCACCGGCUACGAGGCAGACGUGGGCAACAAGACCACGGUCCGGGUGGUGGCUCACUCCAGCAUCUACAGGGUGCUGAAGGGGCCCCAGGAGUUCGUCAACAAGACCCCGGAGACCAUCCUCAUCUUCUGGGGUCCGCCCAGCAAGAUGCAGAAGAGCCUGCUCAAGAUCCUCCAGCGCGUCAGCAUGUCCUUCCCCAGCAUGUCGGCCUACGUGGUCUCCCCCGUGCGCAUGAAGCAGUUCGACGACUUGUUCCGGGGAGAGACUGGGAAGGACAGGGAGAAGUCCCGGUCGUGGCUGAGCACAGGCUGGUUCACCAUGGUGAUUGCCGUGGAGCUGUGUGACAAAGUGCAUGUUUACGGGAUGGUCCCCCCUAACUACUGCAGCAGGAGACCUCAGCCCGGCAAGAUGGCAUAUCACUACUACGAGCCCAAGGGCCCGGACGAAUGCACUACUUACAUCCACAAUGAGCGCAGCCGCAAGGGCAACCACCACCGCUUCAUCACGGAGAAAAAGGUCUUUGCCAGCUGGGCCAGCCUCUACAACAUCACCUUCUCCCACCCGGCCUGGGACUAGGGGCUCCCCGAGGAGACAUGGAGCCAUUCGAGUGCCCAGCCCAGCAACUGGUGCUAGUCGUGGGAUAACUUCACCUGGAAGGGAAAACAUCUCUUGGAUUAACCCUGUGAGCCAGGCUGGGCUCUGAGGGAGGAGGCCCCACACCACAAGCUGCCCUGGUUCACUGUCCAGGGCCAGAAGGACUGGGUGAGGGGAGGAAGGGACUGGGAUGGUGCCUGUGACCCGACUUGCAGUCCCAAGGCCCAGGGAGUGUUGCUACCCGCGGGGCACUGCUGGGUUCAUGGUGCUCCCGCCCACACACACACCUAGUGCACAUCGCUGGCUCCCUGCUUUGAGGUCACCUCGCUCCCCCAUCAGCGAUCAGCUCAGGGGCCCAAGAGUGAGUGGGAAAUAAUCACUGGCUGCCCAGAUGGAACGGCUGACCCCUUCUUAGCGCUCUGGGUGGCGUCUCUGGUCUCACCUCUCUUGGCUUCGGGAGACCGUAUUUCCGAGAUGGGAGGACUGUAACCCUCUCAGCUCUGCUAGGCUCAGCCUGAUACUGAGAACCCGGGAGGCUGUAUCUACAGUACAGGCAGCCUCAGGCAGCCUCUGCCUUGGAAAACUACCACCUGCGUCCCCAAGGUUUCCAGUGAGGCCUACAUAGAGACCAGUCUCAAGGGGGUAGACUUCUCAGGUGGGUCUGAGGCAUGGCUAGGGAGGGGGCAUGAGACAUAUUUAAACAGGCUGUCCAAGCACUGACCCCCGUACGGGACAAGGCCAGAGCCCACUCUCCCCUGAGAGCUCUCUGCCCUGCUGCCUGUGGCUGAUCCCUUGUGUGGCUGCUUAAGACAGGGGUGCCCUGUGGGGUGUGGGAGGGGUGUUGUGUUGGGGAGCGUCACGGUCACUGGGAGGGGUGUUGGGGGGGAAGGGGAGGUGUCACCGUCAUUGGGAGACAUUGAGGGUGCUGUGUGUGCGUGUGUUAGUCGCUGGGAGGUAUUGCGGGGUGUGUAGGUCACAGUUGCUGGGAGGUAUGGAGGGUGUCACAGUCACUGGGAGGCAGUAAGGGGGGUGUGUGUGUGUGACAGUCAUUAGGAGGUGUGUUAGGGGACAAGGGGGUAUCAGUCUCAAAAGGGCUUCUUUUUUCCCCAGCUGUAGAGGGCACUGGGCAGGGGGUGGAGAGGUCCCUUGUUUUGGCAUCACCAGCUGCCCUGGACAAAGCCCAGUCUGAGAGCUGCGUGCCAGGGCGGUUGCUGUCCUAGCUCCCCUUCCGCUGGCUGGCAGCUGGUGACUGCCCUCCUUUAACCCCACUUGUGACCAAUGUUCCCUCUAAUUUUUGACAGGCUGCGUGCGCAAAAAAUUUCUUCUGUGCAAAUUUUUGUGCGCGCGGUGUUUCGCCCUGUGCGUGGGGUUUCGGAUCUGUGUGCGUGCACACGGCUUAGAGGGAACAGUGCUUGUGACAUCCAGAUUUGGUGGCACUUGGCCACCCUGGCUGCCCCCAGUGGGCUGGGAGGCCUGGGGUUUAUUCACCUCCCCCCCACACCCCAAGCUCUGUCCACAUGGGCUGCAAUGCCUCCUCCACUCCUAGCCAGGACACAGCAGUGACCCCCCCCCCCCCCCCAGCUGCAUGGCUGCACGUCCUGCUCUCCUGUCCUUGCUGCAGAGACCUUACGGCUGCUGGUGCGCUCACUGCCUGGCCCUUUCUCAGCGUGUGGCAACGGCGCUCCCUGCUGGUGGCCAAGAGGCAGUGCCAUUUGCUAGGCUCACUGUUUGCAUGGCUUCUCCAUCCCAUUUUCAGGGCCGUUCCUCUUGAAUGUGCUUUCCUGCUGCUGCUUCUGGUACCAUUGGCGCUUCCCCUCCCACCCACCCACACACACCUCUUGCGUCUCUCCACUUGCCAGUGAAACAUCUGCCCAGGGAGAGCAAGUGGCCAUGUGGUAAGAGAGAGGGCAGCAGUACUGUGGAUAUGGAAGUUAUACCCUCAGCAUCUCCACCCAGGGCUGGAGGGAAUUGACUUACAAGGAGCCAGGCACUUUUCAGCUGCCUCCCUAGUUCUGUCUGUCUGAUCGCUGUUCUGCCUGGCUGUCUCUGAUCCCUGCCGCUGGGUCUGUUAUGCCUCAGGUUACUGAGACUUCCUUAAAUCAAGGCACUGAGACUCGACAGCAAGCACUGACCACGACUGCAUGGCAGGGGUCUCCGCUCUGUGCUUGCUGAACAUGGCUUCUUCCGUGUACACGCACAGCUGAGGGGACCGUGUGUGGGUGUCAGUCAGACAUGGUUCUGUUCUUAGUGUAGAGGCAGCCUUAGGCUUGAUGCCCGUUUUCUCAGGGUAGAGUAGGUGUGAAGUGCUCCUGUUAUGGUUUGGUGUUACUCUGUUCUGGGGGGAAUCAUAGGGCUGGAAGGGACCUCAAGAGGUCAUCUAGCCCAGUCCCCUGCACUCAUGGCAGGACCAAGUAUUAUCUGAACCAUCCCUGACAGGUGGUCUAACCUGCUCUUAAAUGACAGCACAAAGUGCAGACAAUACAGAGUCAUGGAUUUAGAUUAAUAGAUUUGGACUCCUUGUGUUUACUCCCACCCUCUCCCUCUCUCCUGCUCUCACAUCCCCAUCCCACCUCUCCCAUUUCUCAUGGUCUCUUCCCUUCUCUGCCUUCCCCAGCAAUUCAGGGGCUCCAUGAAAAGUGCACUUCAGCGUGGGGCCAUCAGAUGCUUUCUAGUCACCCACCAUGUUGGAUUUUGUCCUUCCCUGGUCCUCAGCAAUAGCUGCUGAAAAUAUCCAAGUUAAAAAAAAAAAUACUGCAGUCUUUUAUAGUAACAGCCCAAAUCACGGUGGGCCAGAUCUUCACUCAGGCAAAACUCCCCCCCUGCAACUAGUGGGACUUUUGUCUGGGGCAGGGCUGCAGGAUUGGACCCUGGAGUAACCUGAUUGUGAACUGGUUACAGCGCAGGGGCAGACUUGGAUCCCAUGCCGACCAGUGUGAAUCAGCAGCCAGCCUGCUCAAGCUGAACCAGAGAAAAUGAGGUCAGAAUCCAGCCCCGUGCCUGUAGAAUACGGCAGCGUUUUCUUUGAAAACAAGGGUGUGACUGAUAGACGUGCUGGAGGAAAAACCAUCAGCUCUGUGCUCCACCUCGGGGGGUUGAAUGGGUGCACACCUCCGUGCAGCAGAGACAUUGUCCAUGCACCCCUGGAGUGGAAUUGUAUCGUGGCUGUGUGAGCUGGGAGCAGAUCCCCCGCUUACUCUGACACCCACAGGUGGGAAUGACCCUUGUGCAGUCAUCUUGACCAUGGCUGAUAUCGCAAGAGGUGACUCUCCCCCUGCACUUCGGGAGGGGAACACAUGUAGGAGUGUGAUGGCAAGGAGGUGGGAAGGGGACCUUGAAACUUACAAAUGUCCCUUGGGGGACAUGCCAUUUCUCCCCCCACCCCGCAGAAGAUCAGCCAAAUCCAUACCCGCUGACACGAACAAACCAUGCUCUUGGUUACUACAGUAAGUGGAGAUGCUCUGGAUUUACACCAGUGUGACUGAGCGUUGUGUGACCCCUGAUAUUCAGGACACAGGAAGCAAACUGUGCCCAGCAAUGUGGCGCCAGCUGUGACCUCCCUGUGCACCAUGGUGCCUAUUCUGAACAUCACUGCCGCCCCAGAGGAUGCAGCUUUGGAAAAGACUCCCCAGCCAGUGGAGAAGUCCUGGCUACCCUUCCGCGAAGGCUGUGGAGCUGCUACUUUCCCACCGUAGCCAGGACCUUUCGGGUGUUCAAAGCAACAUUGUUGAGAUGUGUUUUGGGGGGAGUGGGGUUUGUUUUUCCUGGUCCUUGUAUUUGUUUUGGUUUCGUAAAAUAGGUUAAUAUAUUUUAAAAUUGCACAAGAAGCAGGGUGAGAGAAGGAGGCUGGGAGGCAAACCCAGCUGGGUGCUUGGUACCUGCAGCUCCAUUGAUGUCGGCUUGCCAGUCUGACCCCCAUCUACAUCUGGGAGUCAUGGGUGCUCAGCACCCCUGUGUGCCAGGCCAUGCCUUCAAAGGGAUCUAAUGCUGUUAGGUGCCUUGCUCCCCUAAUGUGUUUCGGACCCUUUGGAAAGCCCAGUUGUACAUCUUGUACUGCCCUGGCAAAUUCUGCAAAACCCGAUAGGGUUCUGUAGAAUGCAGUAAAGGAACUAGGGUUGAUCCCCUUUUGGUAUGCUUUUCUCUCUGCUGCUACUCUUCUGGGCUUCUGUAAACGGCUGAUCCGCUUAAACCACUCUGUGAAUGAUCAUUUGAACAGAACUGUCAAGUCGCUCGUCCGGGUAGCUCCUAUAAAAAUCAGUCACUCUUGAAUAUAGAGUUGCAUUUAUAAAAGGUUAAUACAUGAUGAAUAGAUGUUAGAAACCUGUUACAUACAUGAGUAGCAUGAAUUAGAAGCACAUCGGUAGAAGGCAUAUAUAUGGUAAUAAACCCUCGUUAUAAGCAAGCCAUUAGGCUCUCUAAUAACCAUGGGUUAGCCAUUUAUGAGAACAUCUGUUAAUCAUUUAUUAACCUGUUAUAAACUAUAAAUGGAACCUUAAUAGAAAGCGUGAUGUAAACACCUGGAUGGUAACAUAACAGCAUGUGGUUGUACCAUUUCAUGUGAGACGUUUGCUAUAAAAGUAACUAGCAAUGCAACUGAAUGGGGUGCUGAAGUUUGCUUUUUUUUCCCCCCUCUCCAUUGCUUGGGCUGUGGAAGAACUUGGCAAUGCAAUUUCUUCCGCUCCCCGCUCCAUCCUCUCCCAGCUGGCAAGCGGGGACAUUUUCCAGUGUUUUGAAUGAAUCUCAACGCUGCCUCUUGAUUUAACAGCAGCAUUCACCUCUGGGGCACCUUAUCUGACCACAACAUCCUUCUUUUGUACAGGAGCUGCAGGGAUGGGGUCCCAGCAGCACCGGGAAAAGCAUUUGUUCAUUCGCUCCUGCCGCUGUGCAGGCAGCCAGAGGAAGGUCAUGUUUUGCUUGUAGAUCCACAGAUCGUGACAACUGGCUUUUUUUUUUUUUCUCAUCAAUUUUUCAGCAGUGGAGUCAUGGAUUUAAAAAACCAAACAGGGUACUAAGAAUCCAGUUGGCUUAUGUUCAGACACAGCCUGACAGGACUCCUGGAUUCUGUUCUUGAAGCUGCAGCUGAAUUGCAGUGCAGCCUCCCUGUGCCUCAGUUUCCCAUCGGGAGUCAUGAUUGUAAUAUAGCUCACUGGGGCAUUGUGUGGCUUAAUUCACUGUGUGAGAUCCUCACGUACAUGGUGUGCAAAGGUUUAUUAUAGCCUCGUUAGAUUAUACCAAUGUCAAAGUGUUAGUUGUUGAGCCUGCCAGAGCCCCUUUAAGGGGUUCAAAGUACAAGAAGGCGCAGGCUAAAGGAGAAAGGUCGCUCUGUGCCAGAUCCUUAGCUCAGGGGCAGGCCCUCUCUGACUGCAGGUCCUCUCAGCAUGGAGGCCCAGAUCCUCAUGAGCUGCCGUGAAGUGUCAACAUAACACAUUUGGUAGCCUUGACUUGUGGUACUGCUUCCGAGUGAUCCCCUGUAUCUGGGAUUGUCUGUCAAGCCAGCAAGGAGUGAAUGUUUUGUAAUGAUUUGUAGGGGAAUAAAUAUUACUAUGAUCUUA